AAUAAAUGGUCUGGAAAAUAACUUGUGAGAAAAUCUUAUGAUGCGAGAGUAAAGAAGUUUGGUAAAGAUAUUAAAAUGUGUUACAUUGACACAUGAGUAAACUGCAAAAGAAAAGAAGAAAAUAUAUAUCUCGACGGUGACAGAUUCUUGAUUUCUGCCUACCAUGAAGACGAAGCAUUCUCCGGGGAAAGAUGAUCCGAUCCUCGGCUUCUGCGAGGCAACGUCCGAGUCUCGAGAGUCAGCACUCUUCUUUCUCGAAGGCUUCAGCUGGGAUCUCGAUAACGCCGUCUCUGGUUUUCUCCAAGGCCACCUUCCUCCGGUCAAAAAGCCGCCGUUGCAGCGAUCUCGAUCUCGAUCUCCCUCGAGGCGGAUAUACUCUACUACUACUACUACUUCUGGCUUGAAAUCAAAAUACAAGAUGGACGCAGAUGAGAUCUCCAAAACUAGAGAGCCUAUUAGAGUUGCCGAGGAUGCAUCUCAUGUUGAUAGAUCCCACGGAGAAAAAAAAGGUGUCUUUUACGCCUGAUCCUGUGAAUCAUCAUGAGUUUGAAGAAGACGCGACUUAUUGAUGUAUAAAACCUUUGAUGUUUUAUCCAGCAAACUUUCUCUUACAAGGUUAACAUACUAGACAAGCCAUACAAGACUUUUUUUCUUUCUAUUUGAUUAUUAUUAUUCUGCUCUACUCUAAAGUUAU